GCCGCCACCGCAGCCCCGCGCGCCCGGCCCGGCCCCAGCGCGCCCCCCUCCCGCCGCGGAUCCGCCGGACAGCGCGGCCCCCCCCGAGCGGGGGGCAGGGGGGACGCCCCCCCCCGGGGCACCCCCCGGCUCGGAGCCUCGGCCGGCAGCGGAGGAAGGAGCCGCCGCGCCGCCGCCGCAGCCCGAGGCCGCCCCCGCCGCGGGAGGAGGAGCGGGAGGAGGGACGCGCCGGGAGCGCAGGGGAAAAGUUGGGAGACUUUUCCGCCGCCGGGAGCCCGGGGCGCGGGGACCGCUGGGCCCGGCGCUGCCCCGCGAGGCGGCAGGACGCGGGGAGCCCGGCUCGCCCUCUCGCACGCACGGCGCCGCGGAUUCCCGCCGGCCCCCCGGCCCCCCGGCCCAGCCCUCGGGCGCGCCCCCACCCCACCGGCCUCUCUCCGGAGCUCUCUGGGCUGCCGCUGCUGCUGCACCGCACGGGCGCCGGGACCCCGCAGACCUGCGUCCGCGCCCCUCUCCAAGACCACCCACCUCUGGCGCCCGAGCUCGCGCGCACCCCUCGGGGUACCGAGACACCCACCCGCUCCACUCGCCCCCCUAGACCCUCCUCCCUUCCCUCGGGAGACCCCCAGCCCCAGCCCCUGCAGGGGCGGGGCCGCCCUUUCCCACCCCAGCCCGCCCUCCCCGCGGGGCCGGGGGGCGCCGCCUCCCCCAUGCCGCCCUCCUGGCUGCGGCUGCUGCCGCUGCUGCCGCUGCUGCGGCUACUCGUGCUGACGCCUGGCCGGCCGGCCGCCGGACUGUCCACCUGCAAGACCAUCGACAUGGAGCUGGUGAAGCGGAAGCGCAUCGAGGCCAUCCGCGGGCAGAUCCUGUCGAAGCUGCGGCUCGCCAGCCCCCCGAGCCAGGGGGAGGUGCCGCCGGGGCCGCUGCCCGAGGCCGUGCUGGCCCUGUACAACAGCACCCGCGACCGGGUGGCCGGGGAGCGCGCCGAGCCGGAGCCCGAGCCCGAGGCGGACUACUACGCCAAGGAGGUCACCCGCGUGCUGAUGGUGGAGACCAGCAACAAGAUCUACGACCGGUUCAAGCGCAGUUUGCACAGCAUCCACAUGCUGUUCAACACGUCGGAGCUCCGGGAAGCGGUGCCCGAACCCGUACUGCUCUCCCGGGCUGAGCUGCGUCUCCUGAGGCUCAAGCUGCAAGUGGAGCAGCACGUGGAACUGUAUGAGAAAUACAGCAAUGAUUCUUGGCGCUACCUCAGUAACCGGGUGCUGGGCCCCAGCGACGCGCAGGAGUGGCUGUCCUUCGACGUCACGGCUGUGGUGCGCCGCUGGCUCAGCCAGGGAGGGGAAAUCGAGGGCUUCCGCCUCAGUGCUCACUGUUCCUGUGACGACGACAAGGACAAUAAGCUGCACGUGGACAUUAACGGCCUGAGUAGCAGCCGCCGGGGAGACCUGGCCACCAUCCACGGCAUGAAUCGACCCUUCCUUCUCCUCAUGGCCACCCCGCUGGAGCGGGCCCAGCAGAUGCAAUCACGCCGCCGCCGAGCCCUGGACACCAGCUACUGCUUCAGCUCCACGGAGAAGAACUGUUGUGUGCGGCAGCUCUACAUUGACUUCCGAAAGGACCUGGGCUGGAAGUGGAUCCAUGAGCCCAAGGGCUACCAUGCCAACUUCUGCCUGGGGCCCUGUCCCUACAUCUGGAGCCUGGACACACAGUACAGCAAGGUUCUGGCCCUGUACAACCAGCACAACCCUGGCGCGUCGGCCGCGCCGUGCUGCGUGCCGCAGGUUCUGGAGCCGCUGCCCAUCGUGUACUUCGUGGGCCGCAAGGCCAAGGUAGAGCAGCUGUCCAACAUGAUCGUGCGCUCCUGCAAGUGCAGCUGAGGCCCCGCCUCCGGAAGGCCCCGCCCCUGGAGACCACGCCCGAGGCCCCGCCCCGGCAGGCCGGGCCCCGCCCCUACCGCCCCGCCCC